AUGAAAGGCGUUGCUAUUGUGUUGUAUGGAGGAGACGUCUCCGUGCAGAUUCGCGUGCGCGUCGAUGAUCUCACAAGCUUCACGGCUAGAGGAUCCUCGAGGACUAGGAAAGAGGCAGAGCGGCAGUGCGCCAUCGAAGCCUGCUUCCAUCUCAAGGACCUAGAUCUGCUACGGUUGCCCGAAGAAGCAGCGCCUCAUCUUGCUGCUAUCUUAGGCAGUGGACCCGGAUCAAGUGGAAGGGGAGGAGAGGGGGGAGGAAGGGGUGGAGGGGGUGGAGGGGGAGGGAGUAGUGGUGGGCUGUCGUCCGUGUGGGCGGAGAACCCCAAGAACUUUCUGCAGCACUGUCCGGUGUUCAAGGACUGGAUCGUCAACAAGGGAGGGAAGCUCAAUAUCCGGGUUUCCUCUGCAGGCCCUGACCACGGCAAGGUGUUCUAUGCGGAGCUGGAUGUGCUGCUGGGGAGGGACUGGAGUGUGGAGGUGGGGCGGGCAGACCCACAGUUCCCCGUCCCUUCAAUCCUUUUUUUAAAACUUCCGUUAUUUCACUUCUUCCACCCCCCUCCCCUCCUCCGUCCCCAGGUGUUCUAUGCGGAGCUGGAUGUGCCGUUGGGGAGGGGGGCCGGAGCGCAGGUGUGGGUGGCGAGGGGGAGGGGGCGGAACAAGGCAGACGCGGAGAGGAGCUGCUGUGUGGCGGCGUGUGAGCGCCUGCACGAGCUGGGGCUGCUCAAGGCACCUUCCUCCUCCAACCUUGCUGCCAUGGGACAGAGUGGUGGCAGUGCUGGCAUGCUGGCCAAGGAUCAGGGACAGACCCCGCGCCUCUCCCUCAAUCCAGCCGACAUCACCCUUCUAGAGGACGUGCUCUCCGAGUUCCACUCCAGCCUGCCCAAGCCACCGUCUCUCCCUCCCCCCUCGCACUCGCCUCCUCUCCCCUCCCACCCUCCCGACUCCACCACCCAAGGCAAUGGCUUGCUUCCCCGCCCUCACUCCACAGGCACUCUCCCUUCCUCCUCCUCCUCCUCGCUCCCUUACCCCUCUGGUUCUGCCUCUAAAGCAGCAGCAGGAGCAGGGGGAGCAGCAGCAGCAGCGGCGGCGGCGGCAGCAGCAGCAAUGGAUGUAUCUGGACCGUACACGAGGGAUCCUUACCUGGAUGAACGGUUCAGAUUGGCUGCUGAGAGGAGGAGCACGGCAAGGGAGAUGGAGGACAGGUGGAGAGCGAGGGAGAGGCUGCCAGCGUGGAAGGAGAGGGAUGCAGUGGUGCGCAUGGUGCAUGCAAACCCUGUAUCGCUCAUCGUUGGAGAGACUGGCUGUGGCAAGACCACCCAGGUCCCUCAGUUCAUCCUUGAAGAUUCGGAGCGCAAUGGCACAGCUAGCAGCACGCACAUUAUAGUCACUCAGCCUCGCAGAAUUGCAGCAUUGAGUGUGGCAGAGCGUGUGGCAUGGGAGAGGGGUGAAGCAUUGGGGGACAGUGUGGGGUACCGCAUUCGGCUGGACAGCAACCCGCCCAGAGCCAGAGGCAGCAUCCUCUUCUGCACUGUUGGCAUCCUGCUGCGGCGCAUGCAGAGCCGAGAGGGCAUGGAGGGGGUGAGCCAUGUGAUAGUGGACGAGGUGCAUGAGAGGGACAUGGACACCGACUUCCUCCUCAUUGUGCUCAAACAGAUGCUCUCCUCCCCCACCGUGCCCUCCCGUAUCCGCGUGGUCAUUAUGAGCGCCACCAUCGAUGCCGAUCUCUUCACCUCCUCGCUCACUCGUCCUUUCUCGAUUUCGAUCGUGUCGGCAGCAGCCUCCUUCCUCUCAUCUGCUCCCAGCGGGCCUGCCACUACUUCCACCACUGCCCUAUGCUCGCCAUCCCUGGCUUCAUUCAACCCGUCUCAGUCCACUCCCUCACCAAUCUACCAUCCCAUCAUGGGCCGCCACGUGCCCUACCUGCUGCGCCACGCACUCCCCUUCAUGGCCCGUCCCGCCAUGCUCCCUCUGCCUUAUCCGUCCACUCCUCCGAACCCCUCCUGCACAUUUUCAACCCCUUUCUUUCCCCUCCCCUUCCCCUCCCCUUCCCCUUCGCUGUUUCCCCAUCUCCUCUCCCCCCUCUCCCCCAUUCUCCCCAACCCCAGCUACUUCCACCACUGCCCCAUGCUCGCUACUUCCACCACUGCCCCAUGCUCGCUACUUCCACCACUGCCCCAUGCUCGCUACUUCCACCACUGCCCCAUGCUCGCUACUUCCACCACUGCCCCAUGCUCGCUACUUCCACCACUGCCCCAUGCUCGCUACUUCCACCACUGCCCCAUGCUCGCUACUUCCACCACUGCCCCAUGCUCGCUACUUCCACCACUGCCCCAUGCUCGCUACUUCCACCACUGCCCCAUGCUCGCUACUUCCACCACUGCCCCAUGCUCGCUACUUCCACCACUGCCCCAUGCUCGCUACUUCCACCACUGCCCCAUGCUCGCUACUUCCACCACUGCCCCAUGCUCGCUACUUCCACCACUGCCCCAUGCUCGCUACUGCCACCACUGCCCCAUGCUCGCCAUCCCCGGGUUCAUCCACCCGGUCUCAGUCUACUCUCUGGACGACCUCCCUUCCCUCAUGGGCCGCCACGUGCCAUCAGUGCUGCGCCAAGCGCUGCACCCCAAGUACGGGUGCGCUGACGAGGACGAGCUCGAUGCUGAGCUGGCAGCGAGGGUCGUGGCGUGGGUGGAUGAUGAGUAUGCAAGGGAAGAUGGGUCGAUUCUCUGCUUCCUGCCUGGGUGGGACACGAUAGCCGAAGCCAAGCGCCAGCUGCAGUUCCUUCCGGGAUCGUACCGCUUCCACAUCGUGAUGCUGCACUCCCAGGUGCCACCAGCGGAGCAGAGAGCAGCCUUUGACCGCCCUCCAGAGGGGAAGCGCAAGGUGAGAUAG